UUUUAACUUCCAGACAAGGUUUAGAUUCCUCAGCAUCCUGUUACGAAGGAAAAACGUCAUCAUCUUUGAUCAAUUUAAAAGCAUCUCACAACUCAAAGCCCGUUACAACGUUUUGUGACAUGACCACAAACGGCGGCGGAUGGAUUGUCGUUCAGCAAAGAGUUGACAGUUCGAUCAGCUUCAAGCGAGGCUGGAACGACUAUCGGAACGGGUUUGGAAAUCCAACCACCAAUUUCUGGAUCGGGUUGGAGAAUUUGCACCAGCUGACCUCGAUGGACCGGUACGAGCUGUUUAUUGAGCUGCAAUUUUCCAACGGAAGCCGGGGAAAUGCUCAGUACUCGGAGUUUCGAGUUGGGAGUGAGAAGGAAAAGUACGGUCUGGUUCAGCUGGGAAGUUUUUCCGGCACAGUUUACGACGCCAUGAGGGCUCAUAAAGGGUGUAAUUUUUCGACUUUUGACCGGUGGAACGUUGAGGGGUACACUGGCGGAAUGACCUGGGCCCAGACCGAUCAGGGAGGGUGGUGGUAUUACAGCAGUUAUGAGAGUCAACUUAAUUCGGGAAUUGGAACUUCAAGGGGCAUUUAUUGGCAAUCUUCACAUUUGAAAUUUUCCAGAAUGAUGAUUCGUAAAAAAUAGAUAGAGAUACUAUUUAGAAAUUUCAAACAAAAUAAUUAAAAAAAAUCACAACGUUCCUCAAUUUAUAGAAUAUGAUACUAAAUUCCCAGAGUUAAUUUACCCUUCAACUGACAAAAAUUUCACCAGCUUUUCACUCAGCCGAGAGUUUCAUCAACGUCCGCAGCAUAUCACAAAAUGACUAGAAUUCUGGUUUGCUGCUACUCUUACUCAAAUUGUUGUUCUCGUUCGCGGAAAACAUGUUCAUUUCCCUGAUGUGCAUGGAUGAAAGCUCCCGUAGAAUUUUCGCUGGAAUUUGCUUGUCUAGUGCUGGUUGAGCAUCAACCAGC